CGUGGGGUCUGCCCCUUGUGUGCUCGGAACCUGCGGGCUACUCAGUUCUUACUGUUUGCAAAGGGGCUGCUCGUCUGUGUACCAUGCCAAGGUAUAAUUAAGUGGGUUGAAGGGUGCGCGAGACGGAGACAAGCAGACUCGGGAGCACCAAGUUCGAAUAGCCUCCCCAGAUUCAGCCAUCCAGAGCCGCCAUGCUCUGCUAGGACUGCUGCAGCUGUUCUACGAGUCUCUCCUUCCUUGAAACUGCGGUUCCUGCUUAGUUGUUUGCCUUGACUUUGGGCACCCAAGGAGCUUUGUUUCGGGCAAGUGUGAGUGAGCAGCUGCUAGUGCAAGGAAUCACUCAACCGAUGAGACUAUCUUUUAUUAGAGGAAAUAUGAUCAUUUUUUGUAGCUAGAAAAUACUUUAAGCAGUAUGAACACAGCAUCUUAGCUUACUGCACUGUCCACAAUUUAUAAUUGUUUCAGGUCUUGGUUUCUAACGGCUAUUAUUGUAAGUCUGACUCCGUGGAAUAAGCGAGGUGGAUGCAAUGAAGAGAAAGCACAUGGAGUGUGGAGUUUUUCUGGAUAUAAAGCAGCACUGAGCUCAGGGAUGGAAGCUAAAAAGCUGUCGGUGGUAUAAGGAAUAGAUUGCACACUGAAAGAACCACUGCAGUGCCUUUGCUAAACUGGACUUGUAAGAUGGAAAUCCUCUCACUUGCCUUCAUAAUUCUAGGGACAGUGGUGUUGUCAGAUUGUGCAAGAGGUCCACCAAGAAUUGCAGACAGAGUGAUUCAUAGACAUUCUGUGAGGCUAGGGCGAACCAUCAAGCUACUCUGUCCAGUUGAGGGUGACCCACCUCCACUCACCAUGUGGACAAAAGAUGGCCGAACAAUCCAUAGUGGCUGGACAAGAUUUCGUGUACUGAGGCAAGGCCUGAAAAUUAAAGAAGUAGAAGCUGAGGAUGCAGGAGUUUACAUCUGUAAAGCCACCAAUGGGUUUGGCAGCAUUAAUGUAAACUACACCCUUAUCAUAAUUGAUGAUUCCAGCUCAGGAAAAGAUGGAGCAAUUCCUGCAGUACCUGAUGGGGGUGAGAGGGAUGAAGACAUAUCAGGAAAACAGUGGGCACGACCAAGGUUUACCCAGCCUGCUAAAAUGAGGCGCCGUGUGAUAGCAAGACCUGUUGGAAGUUCUGUCCGCCUAAAAUGUGCUGCUAGUGGAAACCCAAGACCAGAGGUUGUCUGGUUGAAGGACAGCAAACCACUCACCCCUCAAGAAAUAGGAGAAAACAAAAAGAAGAAAUGGACUCUAAACCUCAGAAAUCUUAAACCAGAGGAUAGUGGGAAGUACACAUGUCGCAUUUUUAAUAAAGCUGGAGAAAUCAAUGCAACUUAUAAAGUUGAAGUAAUUGAGAGAACACGAUCCAAGCCAGUUUUGACAGGGACCCACCCAGUGAAUACCACAGUAGACUACGGGGGCACAACAUCAUUUCAGUGCAGAGUUCGCAGUGACGUCAAACCAGUGAUUCAGUGGUUGAAGAGAGUAGACUAUGGCACAGAAAACAAGUACAACUCUACAAUCGAUGUCGGAGGACAGAAAUUUGUUGUUUUACCGACAGGAGAAGUGUGGUCUCGGCCAGACGGAUCUUACUUGAACAAACUGAUGAUCACCAGGGCUAAAGAAGAAGAUGCGGGGAUGUAUAUCUGUUUAGGAGCAAACACCAUGGGGUACAGCUUCAGAAGCGCAUUCCUCACUGUCUUACCAGAUCCAAAACCCCCAAAUUCACCUGGAAUUUCAUCUUCAUCCAGUAGCCUGCCAUGGCCAGUGAUUAUUGGUAUCCCUGCUGGAGCCAUUUUUAUAUUUGGGACAAUUCUGCUUUGGUUGUGCCAGACAAAGAAGAAGCCAUGCUCACCGCCGGCAUCGGCCACCCUACAUCGACAACAGCAGCAGCAGCGGGAAAGGGUGUGCAUGCCCCAAGCACCUGAUAAAGACUGCAUUUCCUCAAUAAAUUAUGAUGAAUAUAUCACACAGCAGCAACAUUUGCUGGCUCAAGGACCUCCUUUGGCACCAGGAAUAGCACCAAAAAUGUACCCAAAGAUCUAUUCGGACAUUCACACACACACUCAUUCUCACGUGGAAGGAAAAGUGCACCAGCACCAGCAUAUUCACUAUCAGUGUUAACAGUUGGAUGUGCAUUUUUUUAUGGUACCUCAGUAACAAAGAACAUUUAUUUUUUUCCGUAUCAGCUCACACUGCCAGUGGAACAUAAGCUGAACUGAUGAAUUGUGAUACAAGUUGAAAUGGAUUAAUGAAGGAAGAAGACACUGAGAAAGCACAGACAAUUAUUUGAAUAAAAUAUUUAUAUAUAUAUAUAUAUAUAUAUAUAUAUAUAUAUAUAUAUAUUUUUUUUUUUUUUUUUUGCUCUUUUAAAAAUCAGGGUAGCAAGAAAUAUGUGAACAGCUUGAAGUAGCAGGCAACUCUUGCUCUGUAGUCAGAAAAGAAACCUGUCGUAAAAGUUACAUUUGUCUUAGCGUGUCUGCCUCUUUAGAUUGUUACCUGCUUGGUGCCAUCUUGUUGUCUUUGUCCCUGUGAUAAAUGUACAAACAAUUCAUUACCUCCUAGUCACUGAAGACUAUAGCUGUUGUGAGGUACAAUGCCAAAAAUUAGCUAGGUACUGCAAGAGGCUUUCAACAGCAAAGGUAAAUGGAUUAAACACAAGACUUUUACUAGGAGACAGUUCAAAGCUUAAGAAAAAACUGCAUAUAUUGUAUAAUGCUUCUGGUCCAACCAUUUGUUAAAAAAACUGGGGAAUUCUUUCAGCCUUUUCUUAAGUUCUCCACAAAGUGCCAGGCAUACCAAAUAUCUGCAGUUCAAUAUUGGUGCUAAUUCCCCAUGGAAGGAUGGAAAACAAUAGUGAACCAAGACAAGUCUAAAAUGAACCUUUUUACCCUUCCAUUACUAGCUAGCCAGUUUUUUGUUUGUAUGCCUGGCUUCAGAAGUUGGCAUACUGCCAGCAAAUUAUAUGAGCAGAAAAGCAGCAGAAAUGAAAACAAGCAAAAGAAAAAAAUGAAUUUUCUUCAAAAUGCACUUAAGUUGUGUAUACAGAAAGUACUUUGAACAGUUUUAAGCCAUCUCAUUUCAGCUACUUUCAGAUAGGACCAUGUUAGUGCCUGUAUGGACUAGAUUCAUUUUAACCACAAAAUAUAAAAACCUUUGUAAUUCUAUAUAGAUUUUAAACAGAAGUCUUGUAUAUUUAAUUUAUUUUGUUAAGCAAGAAAAGUGUAUAAUAUUUUCCACAAGUCGUAUUCUUAUUUUGAUCUGAAAAAAAAAACUGCUGGAAUGCCACACUUUUAUAAGUGGCCUUCACCUAAAUGCAAGCCUUGUAAGAUAUAUUUUAUGUGAUAUCAUCCCAGUGAGUUUGUAUACAUUGUUAAAAUAUAAAUUUGAAGUUAUUGUAAUCUUUGUAUUGACAAUCCUGUACAGGCAACAUUUUACUGCUAUGGUGAAAGCUUUAUCACAAAAAGGUCUAUGAAAUCUUGGAGCCAUUUCAAACGUUGUACUAGAUAUCAAUAGUAAACGAGAAGGAUCUCAAACAACAAAGACUCUUUGUGUUUCUCCCAGUGCUUUUGAAAUGCCAAAGGAAGGGCUGAACUUGACAUGUUCUUCAAAGACGUUCCACUGCCAUCCUAAUGGAAUGUACUGGUGUGUGAAACUACUGCUAAUCUCGCAAAAACAAUUACCUGGUGUUGUUUUAGGCUUCCGUAAGUGUUUGCACCAGAAGACAUGAAAGUAAGUUCAUGAUGUGGAUAGAAAUGUGAUAGCAGAUGUUACUCCAUCAUAUUCAAGAACACCACCUGUGUGUGCUGUGUGGUUUCCCCAAGUAGCCACUGAAACUCCUUGACACAAGUCCUACAAAACAUGCAACAUCCUGGAAAUUAGUAACUUGAUACAGAAACUGAUGAGUUUAGUGUAGUCCAUGUUGUUUGCAACCUCAUUUCUACCAUGUUGAAUCUCUAUGCCUGACCCGUGCAUUUUUUGCAUAACCAUAAUUUGAGUUUUGAAUUAAUUCCAUUUUAGCAACUUACCCUUUUCUACCUGUUAGACUAACUAUAAACAAGUGUUUGUUUUCAGGGUUUACUCCACCUGUCUGAAAAUAUUUUUUUUUUGGUGUGGGGGUACACCUGGCCAUAUCCCAUUUAACAUCCUAACAUCAUGGAAUGCCUCCUAAUUCAUUUAAAAAUGCUGCCAUCUCAUAGCCUUUUUAAAAGAGGAAGAGAUGCCUGGACAGCAUACCGGGGUGUUUCAUUAAUAGCAUUAAAUAAACAUAGGGGGGCCCACUCCUCAUCCUGUUUUAUAGUGAGCCUACCAGCUGGCUUUGUCCCACAGGUGUGGUGCACAGCUGUUGUGAUACCACUCCACAAGGGUGGCCCCAGCACUGACCCAGGAAUUACAGACAUAUCAGUCCAACAAGUCUUCUAUUCAAAGCCAUGGAACAUGUCAUAACUCACGUAAUUAUCUAUGAUAUCAAAACUGUUGCCUGAUUUGACCUCAAGCAGUUGGGUUUAGUGAAGCAUAGAUCUUAUCUAAUGAAUCUAGUGAAUUUCUUUGAGAAGGUUACUCAGGCUGUUGACUUCACCAAGACAUUCGAUACCACACUAGAUACAAAUGUGAUAAAGAAGCUGAAGUAGCCCCAAACUAGCCACUAAGUGGUUCGGUGGAUAGCCAACUAUCUUAGGACAGGGCUCACAUAGUAAGAGUAGGAGUGCAUCCUCUGAGAUCAUGAAGGUGACAAAUGGUGUCCUCAUGGAUCCAUGGUGUCACCUCUGCUAUUCAGUAUCUAUUUCUCGGAUCUCCAUAUGUCAACCAAGGAUCUCUGAUUAACAAAGCUUGCAGAUGAUUGUAAGAUGGGAGUCAUCUUCAAGUCCCCCCUCUGAGAUACAGGUACUCCAACAGGAGCAUACAGUUGUCAAUAGCUGGUGUAGAAAAUGGGCUGAAACUCAAAAGUGCAGCAGCAUUUGGAAAGUAACCCACAGCUUAUAGUAUAGAUUGCACACCACUUCAAAAGAGUGAUGGAUUUGGGUAGUUUGGUGGAUAGCUUCCACGUGUUUGACCAUCACAUCACAACAAUGGUUAUGAAAUCAUUUUACCUUGCACGGCUCAUAACAAAAGUUAUCUCCUUAAGAUGAAAAAAUGUCCUCACUUCCUUGUACUCUGCAGUGGUUAGACUCAUCAUUGAGUGUAGCACUCCCUUUGGGAAUGUACCUUACUAAGCAUAUCAAUCAAUUGGAAGGAGCUCAGAGGUUUCUAAUUAAAAAGAUUGUGGGCUUAAAAGACCUGACCUACCACAUGAGACUGGAAACUUUAUUUCUAUAUUCAGUGUCAUAUAGACUCCUUAGGGUCAAUCUGUGCCUUGCUUGCAGGUUUAAAAUGGGUCCAGUGGUCCAAGAACUCCUAACUUCCAAAAAUCAAACAGUCCUUCUAACACUAUGGUCAGAGAUCUAAAUCUACUCAAAUAAAUAAAGCAAGGUGGAGUGAUAGACUUGUCACAUGGCACCUACCCCUUCUCUGGAACAAAGUUCCUUUCUAAGUUAAUCAGUGUGACACACUGUCAGCCUUGAAAAGGAGAUAGGCAACUGGAUAGAUAUUCAUAAAUUCACCCCUGGUAUGACUGGCCAGGCCCGACUUGAAAAGGGCUUGCAAGAUCUAUGGGUGGGUUCUGGCUAGGCAGUAAUGGUCUCAUGGCUCAAUUGCCUUAUAACCCCCAUCAGCUUCUAUGAUCCUUCAGAGAGGGACACAGCGUGUUGUUUUAGAUGCUACUGAUGUCUUCUGUGAUGGCAUCACAACUUCCAUUCCUCUGUUGAGGACCACUGCUUUGGUAUGUUAUCAAAUUAUAUUGUAAGUGCAAGAUGUAAAUAGCCUUGGUCAUUCUCCUUUAUUGCAAUUACCUCUGUAUCUGUGUUCAUUGGAGAGUUCCUCCUAAAGACUGACACUCUUAGUAAGUACUUUUUCUACAUUCUGUACAGUGAGACAAAGAUGACAGACACAAGCAGUUUCUUGUGUUUGCUUCCAUCCACUCACAAACCUAUUAAUCCAUUUUUACCAGAUGGGAUUAGGGUGUCACAUCAACAGUGGCAAUCAUAUAAAGCCAAUGUUCACACCAUUGGGUCAGUGUUCUUCUAUACCUCACACAUAUCCAAACUCACUCACACCUGUGGCCAAUUUUAGAGUGCUCAAUCAACCUAAUGCAUGAAUGUUGGAAGAAUCCGGAGCACCUAGAGAAAACCCACCCAAUUACAGUGAAGACAUGCAGACAUCACACAGAGGGCAUCCCAGAUGAGAAUAAAACCUGAGAACCUCUUGCUGUAAGGUGACAACAAUACCUGCUGUGCCAUUGUGCCACCCAUUCUCUUGUGUUUGCAUAACAUUUUUUAUAUCAUCUGUAAAGUCAUACCCUCCCUUCUACACUUCCAAGCUCUUGAAGUAUUUCUUACACAUGCAAUUCUGGUUGAAUAAAAGGACUGCUUGAAGAAUA